CACUUUUACCCAAUUUGGGAAGCUGCAUCUGUUGAUGAGUGGUUAUACAAUGGUGGUCCUUAUGAGCUAAUUGUUCUACACUUCUUACUUGGUGUAGCUUGUUAUAUGGGUCGUGAGUGGGAACUUAGUUUCCGUCUGGGUAUGCGUCCUUGGAUUGCUGUUGCAUAUUCAGCUCCUGUUGCAGCUGCUACUACUGUUUUCUUGAUUUACCCUAUUGGUCAAGGAAGCUUUUCUGAUGGUAUGCCUUUAGGAAUCUCUGGUACUUUCAACUUUAUGAUUGUAUUCCAGGCAGAGCACAACAUCCUUAUGCAUCCAUUCCACAUGUUAGGUGUAGCUGGUGUAUUCGGCGGUUCCCUAUUCAGUGCUAUGCAUGGUUCCUUGGUAACCUCUAGUUUGAUCAGGGAAACUACUGAAAAUGAAUCCGCUAAUGAGGGUUACAAAUUUGGUCAAGAGGAAGAAACUUAUAAUAUUGUGGCUGCUCAUGGUUAUUUUGGCCGAUUAAUCUUCCAAUAUGCUAGUUUCAACAACUCUCGUUCUUUACACUUUUUCUUGGCUGCUUGGCCUGUAGUAGGAAUCUGGUUCAUUGCUUUAGGUAUUAGUACUAUGGCUUUCAACCUAAAUGGUUUCAAUUUCAACCAAUCUGUAGUUGAUAGUCAAGGUCGCGUUAUUAAUACUUGGGCUGAUAUCAUCAACCGUGCUAACCUUGGUAUGGAAGUAAUGCACGAACGUAAUGCUCACAACUUUCCUCUAGACUUAGCUGCUGUUGAAGUUCCAUCUAUUAAUGGAUAAGGUUUUUCUGCUAACAUAUAAGAAUUUU